AUGACGAUUUUCGGUGACCUAGAGUCUCCUCUACUUCUCCCGGGUUCUGUCCGCGAAAAUCUUGACUUGGGAAUUCCACUGACCAUUGGUGAUUCGGAGAUUAUAUCUGCUCUGGACAGAGUCGGGCUCUGGAAUCAAUUUCGCGAACAUGAUAGCCUGAACGCGGACAUUCAUUCCACUCAGCUGUCCGAUGGCCAAAAGCAAAUCUUCUAUAUUGCGCGUGCCAUUCUAUCUCCUGGCAGAAUCGUUAUCAUGGAUGAACCUACCGGUGGAUUUGAUGGACACACGGAAAAACUGGCCUCAGAACUUCUCGAUGAGCGGUUGAAGGGGCGGACUAUUAUCUCAAUUGCUCAUCAGGUUGAGACUGUCAUGGACUCGGAUUUGGUCAUGGUUAUGGAUCAUGGCACGGUAUCUGAGAUGGGACCACCAGGAGAACUUUUGAGCUAG